AUGACUGUGUUUAAGUGGAGCUCUAGGCACGGCUGUCAGAAUGCAUUCCUGAACUGGUUGCAGCCCAGAAUUGUGAUUAUCGUCGCCGUAACUUGUACGGUUGCUGUCUUGCAAGUAUCGAUAUUUUUGUGUGUAACGGUCAUUUUUGCAGCAUUUCUGAUGAAAAUCUCAUCUAGUUACUUUGGCUCAUUCCAAAUUCGCGGCUUCCAAAUUAUUAUUGUUGUAGCCCACUUCAUUUUCGCAUGUUCUCUACUCACAUCCUUGAAGAAAAGUCAUGAUGAGUGCCGAUGGUCGGAUGAAGAGUGCGAACAGUGA